CUUUUUUGCAAGUGUUUGCAAGAAUUUGUUUUUGUUGAUUGAUUUUUAAGAAAAGACAAUGGUGAUAAGAAAAUAGUUGAGAUUUAUUUAUGUUCUUUAUGAAAAGAACGAUGAUACGGUUACAAAAUAACAAAGUAUCGCACAGUUCAUAAAGAACGGAGUUAUAGAAUUUAGUAAAUAUUUAUUUUAAUAAAUAUAAUUCCGACUGCGCAUCGCAGUAAGCAAAAGUAUGCCGAAAAUCCCGUACAAAGCUGAAAAAUGCCAGGACGAAGACGAAGACUAUGAGAUAGUCUCAUUCGAGGACUUCUGUGAUAAGUCGCCAGGUUCAAAAACUGAUUUAUUAACGCUGAACGAUAAUAUUAACUACCGACUGCACUAUGAGAGCGAUAAGGGUUCUAAUAUCGUUGAAACUGGUGAACCAUCAACUCGCAAUGUUGGUAUGCAUACUGAGACGUCUCUGAACGGUCCUAAGAACGCAUCAUAUAAGAGAAAAUUGUCUUUUGCUCCCUUUGGAAAAACUGACAAAACAAAUCGUGGAACCCUUUUCGGUGGUGUGAUACCAAGGCCACGGAAUGAAGGAGAACCUUCUAGGGAACAUAGAUACGAAAGAUUUUCCCACAGUCGCAGCUGGCUGGGUGGUUGUUGGGAGACCACAUCGAACCUGUUUCCUGGAAUGGUGGCCAUGGCACUGCUCUGUGCGCUGUGCUUUGGCGCGUGGUGGGCGGUGGGCGGUGCCCUGGGCGGAGGCUGGGGUGAUGCCCAUUAUAGGAGACUAUGGCAGCGCGCGCACCCUGACGACGUGAGCAAGCCGCUAUCACCAGUUAUUGAAAAGAUAAUACCAACGGAAAAUCGAUACCAUGAUCACAAUAAUCUGUCAACGAAGAACAAAAUCAACAUGUCCGAAAUAAACAAAAAGAAGGAUUACAAUAAAAAGAGUGCUUACACUGAGAGACCGGUGGAAGUGUUGCGGGAAAUGUGCGCUCAGGUGGCGGACAAUAUGCGCUUUGACUGCCACCCGCAGGGCGGCGCUAGUGAGGAGACAUGUGCACAACGAGGGUGUUGUUGGAAGGCCACAUCUGUCCCGGGCGCGCCAUACUGCUUCUAUCCGCCACAGUACGAUACGUAUCAGUUCGUUAACAGCACAGAAACCAAACACGGCAUGUAUGUCUACUGCGGCCGGGGGAGAGACGCUGGGUAUCCUAACGAGUUCAAUACCAUCAAGUUGGACUUUAACUACGUUUCCGAUGACGUGCUGCAGAUUAAGAUUUUCGACGCGGAAUUCAAGAGAUUCGAGUCGCCAUACCCCGAGAUACCAAUGGUAUCGGGGCCCAUAUCACACCUGAAGUACAGAGUACAGGUGGACAGCUCAGCUGUUGGAUUCAAAGUCAUACGGAAUUCAGACAAUGUUACAUUAAUGGACACUCAAAAUAUCGGUGGACUUAUUCUGUCAGAUAAGUUUUUCCAAAUUUCAUCUCUAUUACCAUCGGAUCACUUGUACGGUCUGGGAGAGAAGCAGGCUGCCUUCUUGAACGAUUUGAAUUGGAAAACGUUUACAUUAUUCAAUAGGGACAUAGCUCCGACGGAAAAUGUUAAUCUAUACGGGUCGCAACCAUUCUACUUGGCAGUGGAACCCAGCGGCCAAAGCCAUGGCGUCCUAUUGCUUAAUACCAACGCGAUGGAUAUAGUACUGCAGCCAACUCCAGCCAUAACCUACCGGACGUUAGGCGGCAUGCUAAACUUCUAUAUAUUCCUGGGUCCAACUCCGCAAGACGUAGUGUCACAGUACACCGCGCUGAUUGGCCGACCCUUCAUGCCGCCAUACUGGUCCCUAGGCUUCCAUCUGUGCAAGUACAAUUACGGCAGCCUGAAUGUAACCCGAGAAGUAAUGGAGAAGAACAGAGAAGUGAUUCCUUUUGACGUGCAAUGGAAUGACAUUGACUAUAUGAGUACGUCGAACGAUUUCACAUAUGACACCAACAAGUACGCCGGCUUGCCACAGUUCGCCGAACAACUGCACGACAAGGGAAUGCAUUAUGUCAUACUUAUUGACCCUGGUGUGAGUGCAUCGGAGAAGCCAGGGGAAUAUCCUCCCUUCGACCGUGGCAUGGAAAUGGAUGUGUUCAUCAAGAACUCCACUGAUGACCCAUUUGUCGGAAAGGUUUGGAACCCGGUAUCUACCGCGUGGCCCGACUUCACUCACCCUAACGCAUCGGCGUAUUGGCGCGAAAUGAUGACAGAUUUCCAUCACAAGGUCAAAUACGACGGAGCUUGGAUCGACAUGAAUGAACCAUCAAACUUCCUCUCCGGUUCGAUGUAUGGGGACUGCGAACCAGAAGACCUCCCGUACAAGCCUAUAGCCAUUCCGGAAGAGGGACUCAAGUAUAAGACACUUUGUAUGGACGCCAAGCAUUAUAUAGGAAGACACUACGAUAUACACAAUAUUUAUGGGCUUACUGAGGCCAUACAUACUUACGGGGCGUUGGCUGAAAUCAGAGGAAAGCGGCCAUUUGUGAUCUCCCGCGCAUCUUUCCCGGGGCUAGGGCGCUGGGCCGGACACUGGAGCGGGGAUGUUUUCAGCCGCUGGCACGAUCUACGUAUGUCUAUACCAGAUUUGCUAAGCUUCAGUCUGUUCGGAGUGCCGAUGAUGGGCGCAGAUAUCUGCGGGUUCAAUGAGGACACCACGGUGGAGUUGUGCAAGCGCUGGAUGCAGCUGGGAGCCUUCUAUCCUUUCUCCAGGAACCACAACACUAUUAACGCUAAGCCUCAAGACCCCGUGAGCCUGGGCCCGGAAGUGGUGAACGCGAGUCGUAUCGCUUUGAUGAUGCGCUACCGACUGUUGCCGUACUACUAUACGUUGUUCUGGAGGGCGCAUCUGUAUGGGGAGACCGUAGCGCGGCCGCUGUUCUUUGAAUUCCCUGAAAAUAAAGCCGUGUAUCCAAUAGACGAGCAAUUCCUCAUAGGGCCUAAUGUUCUAAUUUCGGCCAUACUGAUGCAAGGCGCUAAUACUACAAAAGCGUUAUUCCCAGGAAGCGAUCCGUGGUACAGUUUCGCGGACGGACGGCCGCUAGCCAAGGAUGAGACGAAGGACAUUACUGACACAGAUAUGGUUGCUAUAAGGAGUGGUGCCAUCUUACCAUUACAAGAGCCACCGUCAAAGGGUCCAGUAAACACCGCUAUAACUAGAAGCGCUCCAUUGCAGUUGCUAGUCGUUCCUGACAGCAACGGGCAAGCCAAGGGAGAACUUUAUUGGGACGAUGGUGACAGUAUCAAUACAUACGAAGAAAAGAAAUACAGCCUCAUCGAGUUUUCGGUCAAAGAUAAUCGGCUAACAAGCGCAAUACAAUGGUGGGGCUAUGGUGUACCCUCCCUUAGUGCCAUACGCAUACUCGGCCUAAACGCCAUCCAAACCGUCACAGUCAACGGUGUUAGCACUAACUACACCUACGAUGAAAACAAAGUGCUGACUGGUUGCGACACGUGCGGUUCAAAGGGCUGUGACCGACAUGAUCCGGAAAUAUUUGCAGAGCCCUGGGCUGGCCUGCAGAUACACAAACAAUUGGACCAGGCCAUAGAAGAUUUUUAUAAUACAAUUUUGGAGCAAUUUAUAAACACAUGGUACAGCAAGAUUACUCUGCAACCGUUUUUUGUAGAUGAGUUACGUCACCAACUCAGAUUUGCCUCUGCAUCUCUACUUAGAAGAGCUCUUAAGAUAAACUACGCGAGUUUCAUCUGUUCGCGCCUGGUGCCGUGCGCGUUGCGUCACUACUCCGUGUGGUCGGCGGGCGGCCGGCCGUCGAUUCACGUGGCGGCCAGCAAUCGCACCGCUGAGUUGCGUUACUUGCGGUGCGUUACCGAGGCGCUGCUACCAUAUCUGCUGAGAAGCGUUGAGUGCCAGAAUGCAGUAUUUCGAGUGCUAAUUAGAGAGAUAUUCGCUGGCUGGGUCCUGUUAUCAUUGACGGAUGUGCUCGCGGAUCCCUACAUACUGAACACACUGAUAGUGCUUGCCACUGGGGAUGAGACCAUGGCUGCUUUGCCCUCCACACCAAAUUAUAAGGUAGAAUUUCUAGAGAACUUCGUCCGUCAAACGGAAUCAGUAUACGGUGCUAGAGCAAAACUACUGCGAAUCGACUUAGAAUUGCUUCUGAAUAACCAGGACCACUUCUAUGCCUUACUUCACCACUUGAAGACUACUACCACUGAUAUAUACUUGCUGCAGUUCUAUAAGGACAUCAAAUCAUUCCAAACGCGGAUCCUAAACCCGGAACUAACAUCGGAAGAGAAGGCGUCCUUACACCAAGAAGCUCGCGAGUUAUUCUCGCGGUACAUGUCUUCGGAAAUUCCACGAGUUGCUCUCCCGGAUGCUUUGCUCGCUGAAUUAGAGGAGUUGCUUGAAGCCGGCCCUGAGGGGGUUACCAGAUUGCAGACCAGUCGAGCUUUGUACCAAGCAGCACGGCAAUCUCACUCAGCCUUGGAAAAAAUAAUGUUGCCUAAAUUUUUACACAGUGAAGAAUUUUAUAAAUUGUACAUUGGACCAAGAAUACCUAUCGGUUACCAGAAACAAAUGACAAAAAGACCCCAAGACAAAUUAAACAUGUUAAAACUGGGCAUUAAAUUGAAGAAUGUGCUAAAACCUCAAGUGAUAGACGGACAAAUCCUGGAGUCUCUCAGUGUGGAGCUAGAGGACGGCGAUAGUCUAGACAAUGUGGAUAUAUUGAAGUAUAUAGACUCGUUGGCUUCAGACGACUCGUUGGACCAAGACUUGAGCACAUACAAAGUUGUUUUGACCAAUGUAGAGACUAGAUUGCAACCACCACCCCGUCGUGGUUCUGUCCGAGUGUUUACAUUAACGGUACAUCGUGUGAGGGAAGGGCUACCACCCACACUGUUCAGUUUAGAGCGAAGCGAGCAUGAUUUUCAUUUACUAAGAAGCAAACUGUUGGAAUUUCACGGAGAUACUCUACUGGUGGACCUUCCGCUACCUUCUAGAAGAGACAACAGCCCCCUAGAAACGCUUCGUUACAAAUACGAGGACUUUCUGCAACGCCUCAUACAAAUAAACCUGUUGCAGACCAGCGAGCUUCUACAUUUGUUCCUCACGGUAGACGGCGACUUUUCUAUGUUGGUCCAAGCUUCAACACUAAACGCCUCAGCGUCAGACCUGGGCAAUAUCUACCAGUCGGUAGCUCAUAAACUGCGGAAGGAAAAGGGACAGCAUUUGGAAAGCUUCCUCAGAAACUUCCUCAUCUCUUCUGAUAAGGAACGAUAUCAGGCCUUAAAACAAGGUACAACCCGCGACAUAGACGAGGCUCAGGAGGUGAACGUAGAGGACCUAGAGAUGGUAAAACGUCCCCAUAACGCGCGCAACAUACACGCGAGCAUAUUCCGCAACAACUUCGAUGUCGAGCCGGCUGUGGUCGCACGCGAUAUGGAAUACCAAGACACCAUUGUUGGCUUCUCGCAGUGUACUAUGUAUUUAUUGUCAAAAGUGAUAAAAGGGCGCAGUGUGUUGACGGGUUUAGUCGGCAACUUCGUGGGCAUGUCGCGGCGCAUGCUCGACGAUGUGUUCAACGCGCUCCUCAAUAGGUGCCUCUACAACCUCCUCAAUGAGAGGCGGCUGGCGCAUUUGAUACGGUUGGGACACGGUAUUCUAUUCGGCAAGAAGUCGUCACCGCGAACAGACCCCGACGACCAACGUCAGCUAGCAAGAUAUCAGUUACUGAGGGCGAUCCCUCCUACAGCUACACUAGCGCUUGGCCCGGGUUUGCCCGCCGCCACUCUUACCGCCUUCGAGCUCAUACAGAACCCGCAACUUAACAAACAGUUGGUGUACAACUUGCUGGAUCUCUGCAUACUGGAGCUAUUCCCCGAAUUACGUAACACAGACUCGAAUAUAAAGACGAGUUGAAAUAGUAUUAUCUCCCUUAGUUUCUAUUAUUUAUUAAUUUUUGUGUAAAUUGCAUGUGAUGGUGAGUGAUUAGCAGUAUUUUAACGGACCAUACAUUAGUUAUUUCAUAUAUAAAUGGCAUUUUUAGGGUUCCGUACUCGAAGCCAAUGGGACCCUAUUACUAAGCUUCUAUAAAUUUUCAAAAACAUGUCAAAUAAUAAACUUUUCACUGUAUUCAGAUAUAUUUUGUCUCUCUUGUACAAAUAAUAAUAGAAUCAAGUGAAUUGAAGUAUUUUACAAGUUUUGUAUACAAUUUCACAACUUGUUUUUAGUGCAAGUAAAAAAGUGCUAGAAAAAAUAUACGGCCACAAGUUUUUUUAUUAACUUUUUUAAAGUGUCGCAACGCAAACUGUCAAAGGUCAAUUUUUUAUGGAAUAACUUUGCUUAUGGCUGUAAUUUUUUUUUGAAUCAAACGACCAUUUGCGGGUUUCUAGACACUUCCAAUAAAUAAUGAUCAACAAUACAUACUAAGUAGGUAUGUAAUUGUUUUAUACCUUGGUAUAAACACAAACUACUCAGCUUCAAUAAUUUUUAUGAUGAGUAUGAAAUGUAUACUUUUAGUUGUGAUUUUACAUUACGUAAAACAAGAGGUCCGAUAUUUCUGUUGGUUUCGUGCGUAGUUUUGUAUUUAAUUGUAAAUAAUUGUACUAAUGAUAAAUAUAUUUUUGUAAUAGUUUAGUUAUCGGUCCGCGUCCGCGAUCUGUGAUAAAUACGCGGCCGCGGCGUUGUACGAAUAUUUAUAACAGGAAUGAGACACCAAAUAAAUUAUUUUCAUAUUGU